GCGAGGAUAAAAUGUCCCUCCUCGAACUUUUUCAUCUGGGUUCUUACGUGUUAAAGAAACAAGCGACUAGUGGUGGAAUUUGAGGAAUGAAUGUUGCAAUGGAGGAAUCUAAGAUUGGCUCAGACGAAUCAAAUGACACCCUGGUUGUGUUGGAAUUCUCACCAAAGGCUCCAGCAGAGACCAAAGAUUGGCUGACUGCACUUAUCAAAGCUCCAGUCAGCAGUGGAGGAGCAGGACUUAAGGCAAAACUGGUUCCAAACUCAUUGAAGGGCAGUGACACCCUGCACAUUUCUGCAGACACCAAGCGCCUCCUUGUGGGAGCUGAGAAACUCAAAAUUAAGCGAUGUCUCAAAAAUGGAGCACCAGUGGAUUUCUGUGUAGAGUUGUGCCAUGAGUUCAAAGACUUUAACAAUGAUGGUGAAGGGUUUUUGACCAAAAGUGAGAGUGAACAAAUUGUGUUUUUGGCACUAGAACGUAUAAAGCCCCAUGAAGAUGGAACUGUUCCUGGUUAUCCUGAGGUUAAACUUCAAAAACACAGGGCAACCAUUCCAAAGUGUUUAUCUACUGGAAUUUUAGCCCAAAUAUUUCCUCUGCAUGAUAAAGAAAAACUCAAGGCUUUGGAGCACAAGUGGAUAUUUAGCCUUUCUAGGAUGCAACCUCUAGAUGACAUAAGAGAGUACUUUGGAGACACAAUAGCAUUGUAUUUUGGUUUCUUGGGCUUUUAUUCAUUGUCCCUUGUUCCUCCGGUUCUACUCAUUCUUGUCUUUGGACUGUCUGGUGCCCAUGAGCAGACAAAGAAUACAGUUUUUGCCAUUCUUAACCUCUUAUGGGGCACAGUGUUCCUAGAAGUGUGGAAACGCCGGUGUUCAGAGGUUACAUUUACAUGGGGCACACUCAAAACAGGCAUAGGAAUAGAGGAAGUCGAAGAGCCACGCCCAACGUAUUGGGGUGAGAAGCGUGUAAGCCCUAUAACAGGACAACAGGAAUACUAUUACCCCCCAUGGCAGAGAAAGGUCAAGACAUACUGUGUCUCUUAUCCAAUUGUACUUCUGUGCAUGAAGCUCGCUACAGUGGUCGUGCUGUUGUACUUGCGCUUCUUACACGCUAUUCACAGCGAGUAUGCAAAUGUUGGAGGAAUUGUUGCAACUGUUAUGCUGUUAUUGCCGAGUGUUUUAUAUGCUGUGAUGAUUGCCGUGUUGAAUAACCUGUACCUCAAACUGGCAACGUUGUUAAAUGAAUGGGAGAAUCAUCGCCUGGAAUCAGCUUAUCAAAACCACCUCAUUGUCAAACUGGUUCUGUUCUACUUUGUGAACUGUUUCUACUCGCUCUUCUAUAUCGCGUUCUACCUGCAAGAUAUCGAAUUGUUGCGAAGGCAUCUGGGUGCUCUGAUGAUCACAUCACAGUUGAUUGGACAAGUGACAGAGUCCCUCAUUCCUUUUAUCAUGUACAAAAGUCGUGUCACCAAAGUCUCCAAAGAAGGAAAAAAGAUUGUGAUGAAGACCGCUGACUUGUCAAAUGAAGUCGAAAAGCAGGCAACACAGGAACAGUAUUUGGGUACUUUUGAUGAUUACUUGGAGCUGUUCCUUCAGUUUGGUUACACGUUUCUGUUUUCGUCCGCUUAUCCUAUGGCUGCCUUCUGGGCUCUGCUCAAUAACGUGAUAGAAAUGCGAACCGACGCCUUCAAGCUUUGCCGUAUCUUUCAAAGACCUUUUGCAAAACAAGCCAACUCCAUUGGCGCAUGGCAGGCGGCAUUCGAGACACUUGGUGUCGUAGCUGUCAUAACGAACUGUGCCUUGAUUGGCAUGGCAGCCAAGAGUGCUCAUUGGCUCCCGGACAUGUCACCAGUUAAUGCUGUUCUGAUGUUUGUAGCUAUUGAGCACUUUCUCCUGGGAGUAAAGUACAUCGUAUCACACGUUAUCCCGGAUGUACCGCAAUGGGUACAGGACGAAAUGGCCCGGCAGCAGUACAAAGCUCAACUCGCGCUCAGGUCUCAGGGCGAUGACUUAGAAGGCCACAAGAGUGUAUGGAAGGAGACGAUGCUAUAACUUCAGCAAGUUACACUGAGGACAUUUUCUAAGCAGUAAGCCGAGGAUUUGUACAAGUGUUAAACCAGGAAGCUAGAACUUGACAACUGUGGGUUAAUGAAAAUGUUAUAAUGGCAAGUAAUCCGAAAGAAGUGUCUUUCUUAAAAGCUAUCAGGGAAGCCAUAACUCAGUUCUCUAUUGCAUAAUUGUCAGUUGUUGUUGUUGUUUUUUUUUUAUCAAUACCACAACUGAUAAGAUCCCUAUCUUGUCAUGGAAUACCUUGUGAAAGUGUAGUGUGAUCGUCCGGGUGAGUGUAGUCCUGAGAAGGACUGUUGUCGGUGGUAGUGACUGA